GACCCGUAAGAGUACCAUAGAAGGGAUCGCGGACCUCUUGGCUUCCAAAACGGAUAUGCUAGUUCAAGACCCCUCGGCAGCCUAGAGAGUGGAACGUGAGAGUGGAGAACUCCCCGAAUAUCUCGGUCAUCGUCCUUGUCUUUUAUACUUAAUCACUUGGUCUGUCAGCUAGCUUACUCUUCCUCCAUCCGCAUCGGCCUCAAAGCACUUGGCCACCAAGAAACUCAGCUAGCUUACUCUUAUACGGUCCUCGAUCAGUGAAUUGCCGAAUGUCGUCACCGGAGGAAGAUAACAAUGAGAACUCGGUGCAGAAUCUGAAGAAACGGCGUGUACAAAGGGCCUGCGACAUCUGUAGGCGUAAGAAAGUUCGAUGCGAUGGCGGACAAAUGCCGGGACAUCGCUGCUCGAACUGCGUGACAUAUAACUACGAAUGCACGUAUGUAGAAGCGGCAAAGAAACGUGGGCCACCUAAAGGGUAUGUCGAGAGCCUAGAAAACCGACUACAAAAGAUGGAGACCCUUCUACACAAGCUCUGCCCCGAUGCUGAUUUUACACAAGAACUUGGAGGGAACCUGGACAAGGACAACUGGUAUUCAGACCGCGAAAGGGCUGGCAGUAGUUCGUCCGCACUGCCUGGUGCAAUCCCUCCCCCUGCACCUUCACCCGACGCCGAUGGGCUAGAGCCUAGCGACGAUGAAGUUAUAGCUCAGCGAACUCUAACGAACAGUUUGAAACAAAUGAAGCUUAAUCCUGGGCAUAUCCGCUUUUUCGGAAAAUCCAGCAGUGCUAUGUUUAUUCAGACCGCUAUCGAGGCCAAGAACGAAUAUGCUGGGAUCGAAACACCACCGAGGGACAGUGGUGAGAAACGCGUUAUCCUACCAGCAAAGCGUCCUCAUGUCUGGGGUAUCCACCCGUGGAUAUUACCCACUCUACAGGCGGAUAGACCGCAUCAGGAUUUCCCCGAGCCUGAUUUGCUAGCUGACCUGACCGACCUCUUUUUCGAAAACAUUAACAAUUAUUAUCCUCUCAUGCAUCGACCCACCUUUGAUCAGGAUAUUCAGAAUGGCCUCCACUUUCGGGACGAAGGCUUCGGCUCAGUAGUCCUCCUCAUGUGCGCCGUGGCAUCCCGAUUCUCUGAUGAUCCACGUGUGUUUCUCGCAGACAGCGAUUCUUCACAUUCUUGCGGCUGGAAAUAUUUCACCCAAGUGCAGAUGGUGCGGAGAUCGUUACUAGCGGCUCCUAGGCUAUAUGACUUGCAACUCUGCUUCUUGACAUCUAUCUACCUACAAAGCACUUCGGCGCCCCAGGCAUGCUGGACCGUCAUUGGUGUCGGUAUUCGAUUAGCCCAAGAUGUUGGUGCUCAUCGAAGAAAAGUAUACAGUAAAGCGCCUACUGUCGAGGACGAGCUCUGGAAACGAGCGUUUUGGUGCCUUGUCUCUCUGGAUCGGAUAAUGAGCAUCACGCUCGGUCGGCCGUGCGCCAUACAGGACGAAGACUUCGAUCUCGAACUUCCCGUUGAAUGCGACGACGAGUAUUGGAUAGUCACUGAUACCGAGCUCAGGUUUCAACAACCUCCCAACAAGCCAUCCAAAAUCACAUUCUUCAACUGUUUUCUGCGACUCAACCAGAUCCUUGCAUUCGCUCUUCGGACGAUCUAUUCGAUCAACAAAUCCAAGACGCUACUCGGAUUUGUUGGACAACAGUGGGAACAGCAUAUCGUCGCUGAAUUAGACUCGGCGCUGAAUAAAUGGAUCGACUCUGUACCCGAACAUCUACGAUGGGAUCCCAAUCGUGAGGAUAUGCUCUUCUUGAACCAAUCCGCCUUCCUUUAUUCCCACUACUAUCAGCUCCAAAUUGCUGUUCACCGUCCCUUUAUACCUUCUCCUCGGAAACCUUCACCUUUAUCCUUCCCAUCGCUUGCUAUCUGCACUAACGCUGCAAGAUCCUGCACACAUGUGCUAGACGUUCCCUUUCGCCGGUCUCAUACGGCGUGUUUUGCGUUGUCCGGAACGAAGAUUGCGUUGUUUACAUCUGCUAUCGUUUUGUUGCUCAACAUAUGGGGUGGAAAGCGAUCCGGUUUAUCUACUGACCCGGCCAAAGAGAUGGCAGACGUUCAUAAGUGUAUGAGGAUGCUCAAGCAUCUCGAGCCACGAUGGCAUACUGCUGGUAGACUAUGGGAUGUAUUGUAUGAACUUGCGUCCGUCGGCGACCUACCCCUUCCCCAAGCCAGUCCUGCACCGAGUCAAAAACGUGAACGCGGUUCGGAUAGCCCUCCCACAAGCAAUGUACCCACACCUUCAAGUGCAUAUUCCCCAGCAGAAAGCUUUCGCAGUAUCGCCGGCUCAAAAAGAGUUUCGUACAGUCAAGCGCAGCAACAGCAACAACCUAUUUCAUCCCUUCCCCAACAGCCACAACACCCUGCCUAUCCACCUAACAUGUCUGUACACAGUCCCGCGUCGUCGAUAUCGAGCGCAAAUGCUGGCAAUCACUUUGCUUUGCCUAUAUACACGGAAGAGUUAGGUCGGAUACCGAUCCACCCGGGAAUUAAUAAUUCAGACCCUCUCGUGGCCAGCGGAUGGCAUACAUCGUCCCCAAUGUCCACUAUGUCCAUGUCCGCGUUGAACACCUCGGCUGCUAUUGCGUCAAGCAGUAGUGGUCCGCAUUCUGUCGACACCAACAUGGACCCUGGUCUGUCAUCGAUAUUCGAUAUGUCCCCUUCCAUGUUCGAUCAAAUGAUGACUAGUUUUGCUGGGCCUAUCGCUUCAUCUUCUGCGGUUCCUCAUGGGUUUGGCGGUGCUGUUCCUCCCGGGUUGAGUGGCCUGAUGGGAGGUGGUAUGGCGGCUGCUCCGGGUGGGAGUGUGGCAACUUUCGGGGAGGGGAUCCCUAAUUGGCCCAACGGACCGCUAGAAUGGGAAGAUUGGGGUACAUACAUUACGAGCGUCACUGGUAUGGGCAGCCAAACUGCUGACUCUGACCGAUAUCAAGGAGAACGAUGAAUUUUGGAAAGAAUACAUUACACAGGACGUUUGCUUCUCGUUGUCGGAUCUCUUCGUCGCACUGCAUUGCACCUUUCUUGUCUACAAUGUGCUUGUUUCAUCGCUUGCGCCUGCUUACUUAUCAGCCACCACUCCUCGUCGUUUGUAGCAUAUGCCAUACUCAUACCUGCUUUCCUCAUUGUGAGACACGACUCGAUACAACUUCUGUCUAUACCCAUCGCUUUCUUUCUUCAUCAUAAUUGCACCUUUUGAGGCAGUGAAACUACGGACGAUACUGACUCGAUGUAUUACACUUUAUGGUCAGCGUGGCGGUGUUGAAAUGCUGUCCAGGACCGAUCGGCACUAGCACCAAGCGCUCAAUAACAUUGUCCAGCCGCCAUUUAUAAAAAACCGGCGAUGCC